GGACGGCAGCCAUCUUGGGCACGGGCAGCGAAGCCACCGCCGUGCCCGGGCCUUGCCUCGCACCCUUCCGCAGAGGAGAGGCGGCCGCGGAGCGCCGCAGCCGCGCUCGGGAAGCGACAGGAGGCCGGCGGGGGAGUUUGCGCCGUCCUCACGCCUCCUCCUCCUCAGGUACCGGCGGCAGCGGCCGCCUCUCGCCCCGCAGCAGGGGCAGGAGCGCCGUGCCCUCACCUAAGAUGGCGGCGGGGGGCGCUCCCCCCCCCCCCCCGCGGCAGAAAAUGGCGGCCGGGCGGGGCGCCGCUCUAGCCGCCCGCCUCUAUGGGCCGCGGCGCUGACAGGAGGACUCUGGACCGAACGGGGACCCCCCCACGUCCCCCUCGCCCCUUUUCCACCCCCCUCAUCCCCCCCCGGCUGCCCUCAGCCCCUUUUUGGGGUGCCCCGGGGGCUGGGGGCUCACCGCGGCCGGGUUCUGGGCGGGCACAUCCCUGCGCAGCCCUGGGGGGCUGCAUGACGCGCUGGCGAUGAACGCGGCCAGAAGCGGCUACCGGGUCUUCUCGGCCAACUCCACGGCCGCCUGCACCGAGCUGGCCAAGCGCAUCACGGAACGUCUCGGUGCUGAGCUGGGGAAAUCUGUGGUGUAUCAGGAAACCAAUGGAGAAACAAGAGUUGAAAUAAAAGAGUCUGUCCGGGGACAGGAUAUCUUCAUUAUACAGACGAUCCCCAGAGAUGUGAACACUGCCGUAAUGGAGCUGCUGAUAAUGGCUUAUGCACUGAAGACCUCCUGUGCCAGGAACAUCAUCGGGGUCAUCCCUUACUUCCCCUACAGCAAACAGAGCAAAAUGAGGAAGAGGGGCUCCAUAGUCUGCAAGCUGCUGGCUUCCAUGCUGGCCAAGGCAGGGUUAACGCACAUUAUCACUAUGGACCUUCAUCAAAAGGAAAUUCAAGGCUUCUUCAGCUUCCCUGUAGACAACCUGCGAGCGUCCCCUUUCUUGAUUCAGUAUAUACAGGAAGAAAUUCCGGAUUACAGAAACGCAGUUAUUGUAGCCAAAUCUCCUGAUGCAGCUAAAAGGGCUCAGUCUUACGCUGAGAGACUACGGCUGGGACUAGCAGUGAUCCACGGAGAGGCUCAGUGCACGGAGCAGGACAUGGACGACGGACGUCACUCCCCUCCGAUGGUCAAAAAUGCAACCGUGCAUCCUGGUCUGGAGCUGCCGUUGAUGAUGGCCAAGGAGAAACCGCCGAUAACUGUGGUUGGAGAUGUUGGAGGAAGAAUUGCCAUCAUCGUGGAUGACAUCAUUGAUGACGUGGAGAGCUUUGUAGCCGCUGCAGAGAUUCUGAAAGAGCGCGGAGCCUACAAGAUCUUUGUGAUGGCCACUCACGGGCUCCUGUCUGCAGACGCACCCCGUCUCAUAGAGGAGUCCUCCAUCGACGAGGUGGUAGUAACCAACACAGUCCCUCACGAGGUACAGAAGCUGCAGUGCCCCAAGAUAAAGACUGUGGAUAUCAGCUUGAUCCUGUCCGAAGCCAUCCGGCGAAUCCACAACGGGGAGUCCAUGGCCUAUCUCUUCCGCAACAUCACCGUCGAUGACUAGAGCUGGUGCUGCCCCUGUCCUGGCUUCCACGAGAGAAGGACACAUGCAUGAAAAGGCAAUACCAUAAGUUAUAGACGUAACACAGCUGUUUAUUCUUGUAGGAAGGGUGAAGGCUCUCAGGGUCGUGAGCCGUGAGAUCCAAUAGAAGCAAAUCCACCUGACCAGCACUUUACAGGUGAACAGGAGAGGCCACUGGCGAUGGGGAGGGUUUACAGCCUUGAGAGAGACGGAGAAGUGAGGAGGGUUUGAACUUUUAAAUUCCUUUAUAUUUUUUUAGUGUUAUCUCUUGCUCUGAAGGGGAGGGGGGCAGUAAAAAAAAAAAAAAAAAAAAAGCCUAGCUGCCAGCUCACGAGAAAGGAAUAGAGAACGCUCAUCGCUGCACGUGGACAGCGAGAGAGGAAGCGGCGCUGGGGUUUCUGUUUCUGGCUGUGGUUCACCCGGGAGAGCGCAGAAAGGAGUGCCUCGUUCGGCGGCACCGCCUGCUGCUGGCAGAGCCGAGCGGCUCCGUGCCAGCCUCUGCUCCUCUCGCACGGCGUGGCACGUACUGCUGGCGGAGCCCAGCGAGCGCCGCAGCCAGGAAGGGCGGCUCGGGGCAGGCCCUUUGCGGGGCCGCUCAAACCCCUCGUGACUGGGCGCUGGGAACGAGCUCUCACGUAUCUCCCAGCAGGGCAAGAGGUGCUAGUUAACGUGCUGGCCUUUUCAUUUCGCGAGCCUUGGGUCGUUACCGUGCUUCAGGGGGAAGUCACACGAGGGUCCGGGUCCUCGCUUGAACGCUCGUCCGCGCUGCAAAACCAGGCACCGCUGCUGGAGGGGCCUGGGGCUGCUGGACUGGGGCAGAACCUCACGGGGAAGGGGGGUGGAACAGUGCCUCCGCUGCAGCUGGGCUCUCCGGAACACUAACACUGAAUCCGCAAUAAAGAGCGUAGGAUUUA